AUGUUGGGUAUGUAUGUGCCAGAUAGAUUUGCUCUGAAGUCGUCCAAGGUUCAAGACGGAAUCGGGCUCUACACUGCGAGGCGAGUGAAGAAGGGGGAGAAGUUUGGUCCGUUCGCCGGGGAGAAGCGAAUGCCCGGUGAUUUGGAUGAGAGCAUGGACCCGCGGUUGAUGUGGGAGGUUCGAGGGAACAAAGGCGAUGUGCUGUACAUCCUGGAUGCCAGCAACCCUCGCCAUGCCAACUGGCUCCGAUUCGUCCACCAGGCACCAUCACAGGAGCAGAAGAACCUGGCGGCCAUUCAGGAUGGAGAGAACAUUUUCUAUCUAGCUGUGGAUGACAUAGAAACAGAUACAGAGCUUCUGAUUGGUUACUUGGACAGUGACAUGGAGGAGGAGGAAGAAGAUGACGAAGAAGAUGAGGUCAUUAAAGAUGAAGAUGAGAACAUCAAAGAAGGCAAACAUCUCAGCACUGAGACAGACUUGGUGAUAAAGAAAGAGGACCAUCCAUGCCUGCUGUGUGAGAGCAGCUUCCCCAGCGAGGAGAUCCUGGCAGCCCAUCUCCAGAGCCUGCAUCAGAGACCCAGCACCGAGGGCAAAGAGUUCAAAUGUAAAAGCUGUGGAAAAGAAUUUCCUGUCAAACAGGCCCUACAACGCCAUGUUCUCCACUGCACUGAGAGUCUAGCUCCUGCUGGAGAUUCGUUGUCUCGAGUUCACGAGUGCACACUAUGUCACAGCACCUUCUGUUCUGAGUCCAGCUUUGAGCAACAUAAGGAGGCAUGUAAAGGCGACGCUAGAUUCAUCUGUAAAGCAGAGAGCUGUGGGAAGCGUUUCAAGAGCAAAGACGCCCUGAAGAAACACAAAGGAAAUGUUCACACAGGUAGUGCUCGGAGAAAGUUGGUGUGCACCAUCUGUAAUAAGAAGUGUUCCUCCUCCAUCAACCUUCAGGAGCAUCGAAAGGUCCAUGAGAUUUUUGACUGUCCUGCCUGUGACAAAAAAUUCAUCUCCACCAACCAGUUAAAAAGACAUAUGAUCACGCAUUCUGAGAAACGACCAUACACCUGUGAGAUCUGCAGUCGCAGUUUUAAGCGUUUGGACCAGGUUACAGCCCAUAAGAUCAUUCACAGUGAGGAUAAGCCAUAUAAGUGCAAGCUCUGCUGGAAAGAAUUCGCCCAUCGCAAUGUUUACAAGAACCACAAGAAGACCCACUCAGAGGAGAGGCCUUUUCAGUGUGAAGAGUGCAAGGCACUGUUUCGUACCCCCUUCUCCCUCCAGCGCCACCUCCUCAUCCACAACAGUGAAAGGACAUUCAAGUGUGACCAGUGUGAUGCGACGUUCAAAAGGAAGGACACGCUGAACGUUCACAUUCAGGUGGUACAUGACGGGCACAAAAAGUACAAGUGUGACCUUUGUGAGAAAGCCUUUGUCACCCCCUCUGUUCUCAAGAGUCACAAAAAGACUCAUACAGGGGAGAAGGAGAAGAUAUGUCCUUACUGUGGACAAAAGUUCGCCAGCAACGGGACACUGAGGGUCCACAUCCGAAGCCACACAGGCGAGCGUCCAUACCAGUGUCCCCACUGUGACAAAGCCUUUAGUAAAAAUGAUGGACUGAAGAUGCACAUCCGCACGCACACUCGGGAGAAGCCCUACAAGUGCAGUGAAUGUAACAAAGCUUUCAGCCAGAAACGUGGGUUGGAUGAGCAUAUGCGAACCCACACUGGAGAAAAACCCUUUCAGUGCGAUGUGUGUGAUCUGUCCUUCAGCCUGAAGAAGAUGCUUAUCAGACAUAAGCUCACUCACAACCCAAACCGACCCAUGGCUGAGUGCCAGCUUUGUCACAAAAAAUUCACACGCAAUGACUACCUCAAAGUUCACAUGGAGAAUGUCCACGGAGAGACAGAAGGCUAG